CUGCCCCUCGGUCUUUAUCUGCCCCGCGGAGGCCCCCCACCCAGCCCCCCGGUGCGACGCGGAGGAGACGCCACCCCCCCUCCGGGCCCCACGGCACCCGGUCCGGCGGGAGGGUGGAGAGCGCGCGGCCCGCCCCUCAGAUCUUUCUUUCAAUAAUAAAAGCUGCAGAAAUGAAGGUGAGAGGGUAACAACUGUGAAGAAAAACAGAACACAUAAAGGGUCAUCUCUGCUUCAAGAGUGCCUGGUGAGGAAUGCGAUGGGAUCAAUAGCAUGUCUAUGGAGAGCGGCCCUGGGACAAGACUGAGAAAUUUACCAGUAAUGGGGGAUGGACUAGAAACUACACAAAUGUCUACAACACAGGCACAGACCCAACCCCAACAAGGCAGUAUUGUAGGCACUAACCCCCCUCCACCAGAGACCUCCAACCCUAACAAGCCCAAACGACAGACCAACCAACUGCAGUAUCUACUCAAAGUGGUGCUCAAGACACUAUGGAAACACCAGUUUGCGUGGCCUUUCCAUCAUCCUGUGGACGCUGUCAAGCUAAACCUCCCUGAUUAUUAUAAGAUUAUUAAAACUCCUAUGGACAUGGGAACAAUAAGGAAACGUUUGGAGAAUAACUACUACUGGAAUGCUCAAGAAUGUAUCCAGGACUUUAAUACAAUGUUUACAAAUUGUUACAUCUACAAUAAGCCAGGGGAUGACAUAGUCUUAAUGGCAGAAGCUCUAGAAAAGCUUUUUCUGCAGAAAAUCUCUGAAAUGACUGAGGAAGAAACUGAAAUUGUAAUAGUCCAGGCAAAAGGAAGAGGACGUGGGAGGAAGGAAGCAGUUACACCCAAACCAGGAGCAUCUACGGUACAAAACGUAACUCAAGCAUCAUCCCCAGCUCAGACGCAGGCCCCACAACAGAAUCUUCAGUCUGUGCAAACAACUCAUUCCUUUCCUUCUGUGACCCCUGACCUUAUUGUCCAGCCGCCAGUAAUGACCGUGGUGCCUCCUCAACCACCUGCACCUCCUCCCCCUCCUCCCCCACCUUCUGUUCCCUCAACCCCCGCUCCCCAGCCCAUUCAGGCACACCCACCUGUUAUCCCAACAGCUGCACAGCCUGUGAAGACAAAAAAAGGAGUGAAGAGGAAAGCAGACACCACAACGCCAACAACAAUAGAUGCAAUCCAUGAAUCCUCCUCGCUGCCCACUGAACCCAAGUCUGCCAAGAUGGGCCCCCGAAGGGAAAGCAGCCGGCCAGUGAAACCUCCAAAGAAGGAUGUUCCGGACUCUCAGCAGCAUGUGGUAGAAAAGAGUAACAGUAACAAAGUGUCUGAGCAGUUAAAGUAUUGCAGUGGCAUCAUCAAAGAGAUGUUUGCCAAGAAGCAUGCUGCCUACGCAUGGCCCUUCUACAAACCUGUGGACGUGGAAGCACUGGGACUGCAUGAUUAUUGUGAUAUCAUUAAACAUCCCAUGGAUCUGAGCACAAUCAAAGCACAGCAGAGAGGCAAAGGAUUGAAUGAGCCAUGGAGACAGAACUAUCCUCACCUCUGGCUCCUUCAGACAAAAAUUGAGUCUAAACUGGAGAACCGGGAAUACAGAGAUGCUCAGGAAUUUGCAGCAGAUGUCCGAUUGAUGUUUUCCAAUUGUUACAAAUACAACCCUGCUGAUCAUGAGGUGGUAGCUAUGGCACGGAAACUGCAGGAUGUUUUUGAGAUGCGCUUUGCUAAAAUGCCAGAUGAACCUGAAGAACCCAUGAUUCCAGCCUCCUCUCCGGUAGUGGUGCCACCCCCAACCAAGGUGGCCCCCCCUUCGUCCAGCGAUAGCAGCAGUGAUAGCUCCUCCGAUAGCGAUAGCUCAUCAGAUGAUUCUGAGGAAGAACGAGCUCAGCGACUAGCAGAACUCCAGGAACAGCUUAAAGCAGUGCAUGAACAGCUCGCUGCCCUGUCCCAGCCACAGCAGAGCAAACCAAAGAAAAAGGAGAAAGACAAGAAAGAAAAGAAAAAAGAGAAGCACAAAAAGAAGGAAGAAGUAGAGGAGAAUAAGAAAAGUAAAACCAAGGAACCACCACUCAAGAAGGCCAAGAAAAAUAAUAGCAACAGCAGUAACUCAAGUAGUAAGAAGGAGCCUGUGACGGUGAAGAACAGCAAACCCCCUCCUGUCUACGAGUCUGAGGAGGAGGACAAGUGUAAGCCAAUGUCCUAUGAGGAAAAGAGGCAGCUGAGCCUGGACAUUAAUAAACUCCCUGGUGAGAAACUGGGCCGAGUUGUCCAUAUCAUCCAGUCAAGAGAACCCUCGCUUAAAAACUCCAAUCCUGAUGAGAUUGAAAUUGACUUUGAGACAUUAAAGCCAUCCACAUUGCGGGAGUUGGAGAGAUAUGUAACAUCAUGUUUACGGAAGAAGAGGAAACCUCAAGCAGAGAAAGUGGAUGUAAUUGCUGGUUCCUCUAAAAUGAAGGGGUUCUCCUCCUCAGAGUCUGAGAGCACCAGUGAAUCCAGCUCCUCCGACAGUGAAGAUUCAGAAACAGAAAUGGCACCAAAAUUGAAGAAGAAAGGGCACUCUGGGAGAGAGCAAAAAAAGCAUCACCACCACCACCAUCAGCAGGCGCAGCAGCAGCAGCAGAUGCAACCACUGCCUCCGCAGCCUGUCCCUCAACAAGCACCGCCUCCGAUGAAGUCUUCUCCCCCUCCUUUCGUACCUGCACAGGUCCCCAUCAUGGAGCAUCCGCUCCCAGGGAACAUGUUUGACACUAUCACACAUUUCACCCAGCCCAUCAUGCAUCUUCCUCAGCCAGAGAUGCCACCCCAUCUCCCCCAGCAACCUGAGCAUAGCACUCCUCCUCACUUGAACCAACAUGCAGUAGUCUCUCCUCCAGCUUUGCACAACGCUCUGCCUCAGCAGCCAUCGAGACCCAGUAAUCGAGCCGCAGCACUACCCCCUAAGCCUUCGCGUCCUCCAGCAGCGUCACCAGCCAUAAGCCAGCAGCCCAUGCUCCCCCAGCCACCUUUGCCUCAACCUCCCCAGGUCCUCCUGGAGGAUGAGGAGCCUCCCACGCCUCACCACAGCCUGCCUCUGAGCACCAGCCAGAUGCAGCUCUACCUUCAACAGCUGCAGAAAGUGCAGCCGCAGACUCCUCUCCUCCCUUCAGUGAAGGUCCAGUCGCAGCCUCAACCACCCCUUCAGCCUCCUGCUCAUCCCUCAGUACAACAGCAGCAGCAGCAGCAGCAGCAGCAGAGGCCGAUGCACAUGCAGCCCAUGCAAUUCCCUCCUCAUAUCCCUCAGCCUCAGCCACCUCCGCAGCAGCAUCCACUCCCGCAGCCAGCUAAACCUCAGCAAGUCAUCCAGCACCACCCAUCACCACGGCACCAUAAGCCCGACCCCUACGCAACUGGUCACUUGAGGGAAGCGCCUUCCCCUCUCAUGAUGCAUUCCCCACAGAUGCCCCAGUUCCAGGGUCUGGGCCACCAGUCACCACCUCAGCAAAAUAUCCAGCCGAAAAAACAGGAGCUGAGAGCGCCCUCUGUCGUACAAUCCCAGCCCAUGGCGGCAAAGGAAGAGAAGAUGCAUUCACCAGUCAUCCGAAACGAAACAUUCAGCCCCACGUUGCGACAGGAACCUCCCAAGCACCCAGAGAGCAUCAAACCUCCUGCACAUAUCCAGCAAAGAACAGAAAUGAAACCAAUGGAGGGUGGUCGGCCUGUAAUCAGACCCCCUGAGCAGAAUGUGCCGCCACCUGGAGUACAGGACAAAGACAGACAAAAACAGGAACUGAAAACACCCGUCGCCCCUAAAAAGAUCAGGAACAGCCUGGGCACAGCAGGGCAAGCAUCUCCCACCUGUGUCGCUGGGAUGCAGAGGGGACUCCCUGUGCGUGGGAAGGGAGCUCAGUCUCUGUGACCCAUUCAGCCCUACACUUCUGACCACAAAUGGCAGGCACAGAGGUGGUGGUUUGACAAUACGGGAACCAGGAGCUGUAAAGUGAGACUACCAACUCAUUUCAUACAUGCCACCGUGAACAGCUUUCAGAUGGUAAUAUCACCUUCUUCAAGUAAUGGUCCCUAUUUGUGUUCCACUGAGGGGUUAAGCCAUGCGCACCAUGUGCCCAGAGUUGGAGAAUUUGAAAGUAGUGUCUGUUGGUCCUUUCAUGCGCCCUGGAUCACCUUGUGCUUCAUCCAAGGUGUUAAAGGGAGGGGCUGACCAACCGCAUCUCCAGUUCUUCUCACUGCCGCAUGGUUCAGGUCGGAACUUUCAGUGUCCUCCUCUCUGGUGCAUCUUUAAUUAAGAUAGUUGUACAUAGUUUUACCCAGUUUUAUGGUAGUUUUACCAGUUUAUUACAGUUUUUAUUGCAGUUUUAGCAUUUAGAUAAGAUAAGAUGGGGGCUUGUUUUUUCCUUCAUCCAACACACCACCCAGUACCUGUGUGCAGGUACUGGACUAUGCCCAGGAUUCUGGGCUUCAAACUCUGCACCUCCUGCACGUGCUUCUUCUCCAUCAGUGAUGAACCCAAUACUGUCUCUACCGCUUGGGGGAAGCUCACAUCACAUCCAGGUGCAGUAUUUGCCAAUCCUUUCCCAGCCACCCCAAAAAAGACCAGAUCCUCCGCUUCCAAAAGCACCACAUGGAGCUUGCCAUGAGGCCUCAGUCGGAUCCAGGCAGAGAAACUCCCCCUGUGUAUCAGCCUGAAUCAGCGAGGAACGCGCACCUCCCAUUACCACAUCCAAAGCCAGUACCGGCAGAACCACCCCCACAAACCCUGUGGCGGGGUCUAACUGGGAGGUAAGGAAGCAUACCCAUACGCAUGGUACUAAGUCUUCCUCAAAGCCAAAGAAAGUGGACGCUCCUUCCAUGAGUUCGAGCCAUGGGGAUGGAGCUCUCACUAAGUCCCAUAGGCAUGAGAAGAAGUUCCACAAGCAAUGGAAUCUGGUACUUCCAAGCACCUGUCCAACAGUACCAUCAUCACAAACCCUCCACAAGACAUGGAAUCCUCCUGUUCUGGGAAAGUCCAUGCCACCGGCACUGAUACGAGCCCAGGGAAAGGGUGCCUGUGACACCGGGGAGAUGUGGAAUUGUACCUGAACCCCAGGACAUGUUCGCCUUGCCGGACCCAAAGUCACCCCAGCCAGCCAGCCCUUCCACCUUUAGAGAGAGGAUUUCUCCACCUCAGGAUAUGUCCCCAGUACAGGUCCUCUCACCAUCUGCUCCGAUGGUCUACACCCUCCGCUGGUUCUGACGGUACCACUAUUUGAACCAGUCUGCCUUCUCCUCCUCUGAAGAAUCGGAACCAGGAGAGGAACCAGCUAUGUCCUAUCACCCCUACGUGUCUUCACAGAGACUGCUACAUCCAUGGCAGCAUCCACCAUUUCAGUGGUCUCAGAGCCAUUGGUACCGUGGGGGCCACCACAACCUUCCUCAGAUCUGGCCUAUUGGAUAUACUGGGGACCUGGUCCCAAUACCCUCCCCCCUGGAACCAGCCUGGUCCACAGAACAUUUUACCUGCCUCCUGCUUAAAGGCUCCUUCUAGCAGACUCUUAGAUCUGUUGGUAGAGGAGGAACACUUCAGUCUGGUCCCAGCAGUGCUGCAAGAAUUGGUAAGUUUUCCCUCUUCGUCUCCAGAUGAAGCAGUGACUGCAGCAUCCUCUUCACCUCUGGAUGACUUCAGGCAAUUUCAAGGAACUGUUGCAGAGAUUUUCAAGGGAACUCCAGUUUCCGCUGGAAGAAAUCUAGGACCCCGGGACCAGCCACAAUUGCACUUCCUAUUACUGAAGCUAUUCUGGAGCCUGCCAGGACCAUGUGGCACACCUCUCCCACAUGUAUGGCUACCCCAGAGGGGCCAAAAAGCAUUACGUUCUUGCUAAGGGGUCCCCCCCUUUAUUUUUUAUUUUUUACAUUCUCCUCCAAACACCCUAGUUGUCCAGGCAACGACUGCACAAGCCAAGCAACAGCACCUUCAAUCUACGCCUGAUAAGGAGGGCAAACAUUUGGUCCUUUUGGGACGCAAGGUGUUUUCCUUAGCCAGCCUUCAAUUCUGUAUUGUGAACUCUCAGGCAUUACUAGUCAAGUGCGACUUCCUGAAUUACAGCAAGUUCCAGGAAUUUACUGAUAGCCUGCCACAACACGAUUGGGCUCACUUUCAGGCCCUUAUUGAGGAAGGGAAGCUGAUAGCCAGAAUAACCCUCUAGUCGGGGGUAGAUGCAGCAGAUACCUCUUGCAGGGCCAUGGCUACGACCAUAGUUAUGCGUAGAAUGUCUUGGCUCCAUUCCUUUGGUUUCUUCUUCGAGUGCUUGCUCAUGUGUAUUCCAUAGUAGGUGUGC